AUGGACCCAAUCAUAGAAUUCAUCACAAGUGGAAAUCUACCAAGCGAUGCCAGGUUGGCUAGAAGCAUCAGAGCCCGAGCUCCUAGGUACUGCAUGAUCAGCGGUGUCCUUUUCCGCAGAAGUAUUACUCUUCCGUACCUAAGGUGUCUCAGGCCAUCAGAAUCAUCCCAGGCCCUUGCUGAAGUUCACGAAGGUGUGUGCGGGAAUCAUCAAGGAGCCAGGGCCUUGGCCUUUAAACUCGUACGAUAUGGACACUACUGGCCAGCUAUGAAAAAAGAUGCCUCAGAAUAUGUUAAGAGAUGUGAUAGGUGCCAGAGGUUUGGGAUACCGAAGGUCCUCAUCAUCGACAAUGGCAGGCAAUUUGACAACCAACGGUUUAGAAACUUUUGCUCAAACCUUGGGAUUGAUCACCGUCUGACAUCAGUUUCGCAUCCUCAAAGCAACGGUCUGGCCGAGACCUCUUCCGAGGCCCUGGAAUGCCGACAAUCUGAAAAUAUAUUACAAGUAAAAUUCCCGACGCCUUUGAGGAGAUUUUCUUUUUCUGCAUUUUAUUUCUAG